UGAUAGACUGCGGUUUCCACAAGUUGCCUCACUUCUCCCCAAGCGUGGGCGUGGCGACUACCGAGUCAAGUGACCGAGACAAGAGACUGACACUAGAAACCGACUCUAGAGACCGACAUAAGACACAGCUACUUAUAGUGAUAGACUGCGGGUUCCACAAGCUGCCUCACUUCUCUCCAAGCGUGGGCGUGGCGACUGUGAGCGUGGCUCCAAUAGCCAAGAACAACGCCACGCAGCGCGCGGGACGCGCGGGCAGGACUGCGCGAGGGAAGUGCUACAGGCUAUACACGGAAGAGGAAUACGACAAGUUGCCUCCUUGUGUGCCUCCAGAAAUAUCCAGAAGCGACCUAUCCUCUGUCCUGUUGCAGCUGAAAGCCUUGGGUAUCCAUAAUUUACUGCGGUUCACAUUCCCCACGCCUCCUCCAGCCAAAAGUCUUCUCUCUGGUCUAGAAACGUUAUACGCUCUGAAGGCCAUAGACAAGCUCGGCGAUUUGACCACAGACACCGGAGUGCUUAUGGCCGAGUUGCCUUUGAGCCCUAUGUGUGCGAAGAUGCUUUGUAACAGUGGCGAAUUCGGGUGCAUAGACGAGGCUUUGUCCAUAGCGGCCAUGAUGCAAGUAGACAGCGCGUUUGCAAAAGGAGGUACUGGCAAAGAGAAUAUCGCGGCUAGAAUGGCGAGAAGGAACAACUUUGAGGUAGCAGAAGGCGACAUAAUAAUGUACCUGAAUUUAUACGACGCGUUCGUGAAAGUGAGAGACGCGCAGCCGGACGAAAGACGCGCGAGAAAGGCGUGCAAAGACUGGUGCAGGAAGAUGUAUGUCAAUUACAGGGUUAUGGAGAAGGCAUGUGAGAUCCGAUGCAGCUUAGAGAAACUAGUCAAAAAUAAAUUUAAACUGACGAACAAAACCUUCGAACAACCAGACCUGGGAUUAG